AAAGGAGGUGAAGAAUUGAAUAUUUGGUUAGAAAUGGGAUCAUGGGGUGUUUACGAGUCCUGCUUAUUCUGUUUUUUCGCUGGUUUUUUGUUAUUUUUAUAAUUAUUAUUAUCAUUUUUUUUUUUUUGAAAAAAAUGCGAAAAAGUCCGUCAUCUGGUUUGAAUAGAGCCGCCAAAGAAAAAAAAAAUUCAUAUUAUAUAUUAAUGAGCGUGCGGGUUUUUCAAACUCGAAUUGUCGGUUUUUUGAUGCGCCAUCAACCGCGUAUGGGAAAUUUUCCUCGAUAAUAUAAAUACACGUGUAAUGUACUAGCGAAUUCAGUAUCAAGUAUUCCGGUGCCUGGUGUGUAAUACGAGUACAGUACAUACAAAAAAAAUGUGUAAAAUGAGUAAAAAUUUUGUUUUCGGAUUGCUGUGCGCUUUUUUUAUCUACACCACCGAUGCAAUUCCAUUAACGAACGUUGUCGAACAAGUUCCAACCACUGAUGCUGAUGAUCUUCUGUUGAGAUCUCAAAUUUCAAAAAUUAUAGACCAUUUGAUGACAUCGAAUGAACUGAGAACUGAAGAAAAUACCACAGUUGACGAAUCUCUCUGCGAAUCGAUGCUCACGAUGGUAAAAACUUCCAAAGGAGCGGAUGGUUUCAAAUCAGUAAUGACUGAAAUCAAACAACUUGUCAAUGAUCCUGAAUCUGAACACAUCAUCAGCAAAAUUUCCACUACUGUCCAGUUAUGUCAGUCGUUCAAAGUUACUGAAAAUGACGAAGGAGUUUUCCCUACAGGAUCUGAUAACUCAGGGAAAAUAGCGCUGGAUUCAAACACUGCAGAAAAUUCUGAUUUAUCAGCAAAUUUUGAUAGAGAUAUGCUUGUCAAUUUUCUAGAAAACGACAAAACAGUACAUAUCAAUGUGUCGAGAGAUACUCUAGGUCUUGACGAAUUCGAUGGUUUUGUUCCAGGCGAUGAAAAUAUCAACGAUAGACACGAUUACAUAAGAAAAAUAAUGGGUAAGGAUACAGACGAGAUGGGUAAAAAAAUCAAACAAGAUGCCACAAAAAAAUUAGGCAAAAAAUUAUUCUUGUUUGAUAACGGGACACCUAAACAUGUAGCUAAUGAUAUUAUGGGCAGAAAGAUUUUCUUAUUUAAUGGCAACUUGAAAGAGUCAACUGAUACUACUGCUAAGAAAAAUAAUGGAGAAAAAAAGCAUUUCUUAUUCGACAAUGAUCCGUUUGCUAAAAGUCAGAAAAUCGAAAUUAGCAACUGGAAUGUACAAGACCAAAACAAAGAUACGGGUAUGGAUAGGUAUGGAAUAAAUGAUUAACUGUUCAAUAAUAACCUUUAAAGAUUAAUGCUCAAUUUUGUAAUUUUUUAAAAUUUCCUAUUCGAGGAGAUACCAAUUAGCGUUAGAUUGAUAAAUUUAUGAAAAUUGUACCUAAAUAAUAUAUAAUGUUAUCACAUGUGCACUUUUUAAGCAUAAUAAAAAAUUGC